AUGGAAGUGGUCAAUGAGAAGGUCAUAACAAUCGUGGCCAUGGUUGCGACGCCGCAUCAAUCCGGCGUCGCGAGCAUGUCCACGAUUCUUAUGACCUUCUCAUUGGCGGCAGUGUCUAUCGAGAUGGUUGAGGUCAACAACGACCUGCCUUUCAAACAAGCGAAGAACACGACGAAGACAUGGGAUGCGGUGGCGGACAAGCUCUGUCAGGUUCCUGGAUUUGGCAAAAGCGGGUUGGAUAGAAAAAAAGCCCCCAGCCGCUUCUACCAAUUCCUGCGUGUGCACAGGAAGUUCCAGGUCGGUUUCAAGUACCUCUCCGGUGUCAAACAAGACGACACAGGCAAGAUCAUGCUGCUCGACGAGUUGUUUCAGCUCUUCGACGAAGCAAGCGACGAACGAUAA